AUGCCUUAUUCUUGUACUAACUGUAAUAAAAUAUGUGUAACUCGAAGUGAAUUGAUGGUACAUUCCGGAAAAUGUGGAGGUAAACUUCUACAGUGUGGUUCAAGUUAUUCGGUCAAAAGUGAGGUUAGUGUUACUAAAAAUGAUCGUACGUUUGAUGAAAAAAAUCCAGCUACUGGCGUAAUCUCUAUGCCACAUAAUACAUUGAUGUGUAAACCUUCAACUAGUCGCCUAAACUCAACAUAUGAACCCCAGGACUCUUUCGAAGAAGAUUCCCAUGACUCAGAUGCAGACCCGCAAUGGACUCCUGUCCUUAAAGACGACUCCAGGAAACGAAAGCUAUUUAGUCUAGUACUAUCAAAGGGGAAAAAGACAAGAUCGGAAAGUGAUACUGAAGAUGAAGGUAUGUUGGAUAAUGAACUUGAUAUACGUAGCAGACCACUAAUAGUUUCCGAAAGCAACAUAUCAUUGGAACCAUCUCUUACUUCUACUUCCUCUAAACCAAAAAGAAAGAAAGGUGUUAGAGCGCGUGAACAAGAAAAAAAUAAAAGAGAUCACGGUUUGGCCUACAAAAAUAGAAAAGGCCAAGUUAAAGGUCCCAUCGAGUUCAAGCCUAUUGAGAGAUGUUGUCAGAGGAAAAAAUGUUUCGAGAUAGUAACACCAGAAAUACAAAAUCAAAUAUUUAAAAAUAUUUAUUCUUUGCCAAUGAAAGUAAGAGAUCAAACGCUGUGUGAAAGAAUGGAAAUUUCAAAUACAAAGUAUAGUGCAAAAGGUAGAGGUAAGAGUGAUCUAACUCACGACCGGCUUGUGACUGUCAGUUAUAGUAUUAUUGUUGAAAAUAAGAAACACAAUGUUUGCAAAUUAAUGUUCAUGAGUGCGUAUGGCGUAACCAGAGGGAAAUUGGACAUAUUAAUAGAAAAGAAAAGGGCCUCUUCCUAUGGUGUUAUUGAUGUUGAUAUGAGGGGUAAGCAAACACCACCCAAUAAAACAAGUGAUGAAGAGAUAAAUUUAAUUUUACAGUUCAUAGACAAAUACCCAAGACACGAAAGUCAUUACGCUAGGCGAGAUAACUCAUCAGAAAAGAUAUUUUUGCCUAGCCACUUAAGUAUUAAAAUAAUGUACAAAGAGUACUUACAAUGGAGAGAAGAAAAUGGUUUCGAAAAAUCGGUUGGCUACGACACAUUUAAAAAAUUUUUUAAAACAAAGGGCUAUAAGUUUAAAGAGCCAUUGAUUGACACGUGCAAGACUUGCGAUGAGUUUAAUGUAUUUAAAAGACAUGCUACUAGUAAAGCUGACCGUGAUGAAAUCGAUAAAAAUCAUAAUGUUCACGUUCUAGAGGCACAAGAGGGUUAUGACCGUAAACGUGAAGAUAAAGGAAAUGCAAAGAACACUGAUUACCAAAGAGUUUUGGUUUUUGACUUACAACAAAUUUUGCCUGUGCCAUACCUCACAACCAAUAUUGCAUAUUACAAAAGACUAUUAACUAUGUACAACCUAACCAUCCGUGAUUGUUCACAAGAGAAAGAAUCGUCAGACUGUUGUAUGUGGAGUGAGCUUCAAGGAGGGAGAGGAUCAGAUCAGAUUGCCUCUUGUAUUUUAAAAAAGCUUCUUCAGCUACCAACAAGUGUAGAGCAGGUAGUUACGUACUCAGAUACAUGUGGGGGCCAGAACAGAAACAUUAAUAUGGCAGUUAUGUUUAUGUAUGCUCUGGCAAAAAACGAGAAUCUGAAGGUCAUUGAUCAAAAGUUUCUCCUACCAGGUCACACACGUCUAGAAUGUGACAGUGACCAUGCCCGUAUUGAGCGGGCAAAAAAAAGACUUGGGUCAUCAGGAUCUUCCAAAAGUGGGGGAGAAACAUAUAGGAUUAUGGUUCCUCGUGAUUGGUGUCAGUUUGUAAGAGCUAUCCCUGGGAAAAAAAGCUUUAAUGUGAUUGAGAUGAACUUACCAGAUUUUAAAGCGUUUUCAUCUCUUUUAGUUAAGAAUAAUAUUUUAGUUCAUCGCAAUCAAGAUACUGAGAAAAAGCCAGUCGAGUGGCUAAAAAUAAAAUGGCUAAGAUACACUAAGGAUUUUGGAGUCAUUCAUUUCAAAUAUGAUCUGAAUCCAUUUUCUCCAUUUCGAACCCUAAAUAUUAUUCGCGACAGAAAAGGCCGCAAAAUCUCUGCUAAGAAUCUUGAAGUUGGUAACUCAUAUGGGAGUACCAUUGGGAUAAAUCCUUUGAAAAAGAAGGACCUGUUAUCAAUACUAAGUUUAAUAGAUACAGAGUUCCAUAACUUCUACAAGAAGCUCCCGACAACAUCAGCAGCUCAGGAGUUCGAUGAGCUGAGCGACACCCAGGAAGACUCCGAUUCUGAAACCUAG